AUGGACACCGAUGGGUUUGUGCCAAUCUUGGCCAUCUUCUAUGCGGUAUUUCACCCUACAGAAGGCACAAAGAUCGUGCACCAAGUUCCCGAGCGAGCCAUAGCUCUGACAGCCAACGAGUCUCCUGCUUCUCUCUUCAACUUCGAUACAGUGAAGAACUAUGUGAUACCAAAACCACAGCUAUGCAACAAGCUCAUAUCGUUCAAGGUAGACAAUUUGCGGGUCUUGGGAUACCCUGUGAACAUUGAGGGGAGCAAUUAUUCACGAAAUUCGUUCAAUUUCAACUUUUGCUUUGUAUUCCCUUACAACUCAGAUACAACUCCAUACGAGCUGGCUAUACAGCGGAUGGGACGAAUGUUCAGUGCUUUGGAAGAGCAGUCUUUUUUACUUAGUAAGCUUGAUAAGGAGAUGAUGUUUUUCAACGAAAAAGCGGCGCCUGAGAAGACACCCACAGUGGAGUUCACACCUGGCCAGGGUAAAGUAAGAAAGUUCACGCUUCUGUCGAUCGAAUCGCUAAUUCACCAAAUUUACCAGGACCUAAACAACUACUCAGAAUGCUGCAUCCCAAUUGACACUUCCAACAGUGUGGACAUCAAAUUGUUCCCCGUUCUCCCGCCCCCAGUGAAUAUUAAGGCUUUUCAAGUGCCCAUAAUGACGGUGCGUUUACAUUCGCUAAUCGACGUCAACUGGGACCCAACAAUGGUGAAGAUCCUCCCGUUUAUUAAUGGGCUAAAUUCUGUGAGGAGAAUCUCCGAGCUUGCUGACGCCGACUACCUUCUCACCAAGCAAUGCAUCCAGCACUUGAUGCACUAUAGGUGUAUCACCAUGGUGGCGAUCUUCCAGUUCAACAACAUCUACGCCCCAACAAACAACAUCGGCAAUUUCCUCACUUCCAAUGGCAUGGCAGAAGAGUGUCAAGCGUACGUGGUGAAAGCACCCGAGUCUGACGACCUGGCUCUACCGACGCCCCUGAUAGCUGCUACGCCUGCUACUCCGGGUACUCCUAGAGGGGACAGUGACCCUGCUAUGAGCAGCAUCGCAUCUCGUAUCGACCCGCAGUCUUCACCGUCGACUUCGGCAUCGCCAACCGCUUAUUUUAAAGAUGGAGGAAGAUUCAGCCUAAGAAGAACGCCAAAAGUCACCGUUCGUGUUCCUUCUAAAGCCACGCUUUUUUACUUGUACCGCCUGUUGAACCAGGGUCAGACACUUAAAGACUGGUAUCUUCAGCAUCAGAAGGCACUUCAAAAUAUCGAUGUUAGGCGGUUCAUCAACUUUGGCAUUGUGAGAGGACUCAUCUAUCGUCUGCAUCUGUACCCGAUACUCAACAAAGUUACAAAGUUUUUUGAGAAUGAGGUGUCCAAUGUCGAUCCUCUAGACGAGGUCGUCAAGAGCCACGCAACUGAUGUUAUCAAAAAGGCAAAGGAGCGGGCCAUGUCGCAAGCCAGUUCCUCUAACCAGGGCCUACUAAGAGACACAGUCAACGAGAGCAACUUAAAAACCGGGCGCAAGAACCGGAGCGUGAGUUUUCAGUACCACGUGGAGAGAUUUAGUCAGAGUGAAGAGUCUCUUUCUACAGAUCUGGAAGUCUUUGAAAGCGACAGCGAUGACGACGGGGACUCUAAGCUCUCAAAACCAAUGUAUAAAGUUGCCACUACUGGUACAGACUCCUCAGGCGACGAUGAUUACGGCCACAGCAAUAAAGAGGAUUUGAUCAAGCUAAUGAAGCUUGUGAAAGGAGUUCAGCAUAUGGACUCAAUUUGUACGGAGCUCAGGAAGCCCCGAAGUGAAGUUGAAAAACUCCUAGAUGAACUUGGAGCUCACUUCACUAUCAGCUCGUAA